AUGCAUCUUAGACGUAGAAGUAGACUAUGGCUAUUAAUUUCACUUGGAACAUUGUUAAUUCUUGUUGUUUAUGCUAGAAGAACCAAUAAAGAUGCCUAUAUCCAAUUCUCCCCGGAGAACUCAACCAAUGAAGGUGACCAAGAUAGAAAUGACAUAUUGGAUGAUCCUUUGGUUCAGUAUUUACAACAGAAAUCUUCUAUCAAAGAUGAUAGAGGUAUUGAUGCACAUUCAUCAGUCUAUGAUCAGAUUUUCCAAUCUCAUAGAAUUGGUUCAGUAUUAUUAAAUUUAGAUUUCCAUGAAAGAUGUGAACUCUAUUUCAAGAAUUUACAAAUACGCAAUCCUGAGUGGAAAUUGGAUCCAGAUGCCGAGAUUCCAUAUCAGGAUGGUGAUAGAUUAUUAUAUAACUAUGAAGCAUUCAAAGAAGAAGCAAUAAAUGAUCUAAUUUCUGAGUUUUCAAGGGCUAAUGAGAUUCCAAAACAUGAAAUUUCAGAAGAGUUGCCCCAAUUUGAACAAUUUGUAAGAUUUCAAUUUAAUGCCAACUGGAAUGGUCUUAUGAAUAUUGAACAACGAGUGACUGAUUAUAUUUCAACUUUAAGGGUAUUCAACAAGUGCUAUCUUCCUUCUGACAAACAACAAUCUCAAAGGAAAUUCAUCAGAAAGCAAAAGAAACUUAUAAAUCUCGGGAGUAUUCCGAGUUUUCAACAAAAUGAACAAGAGGCUACAAUUGAGGAAACCAAUUGUCAAAAAUUAGAGGCAAGAGUCUACCCAUGGUUAUCGCGUCAAUAUCCAACAUAUACCAGAUGGUCAGGAGAAUCAUUCACAGAUCCUGAAAAAGUGCACUCGUACUUAACAUCUGAGAAAUAUAACCCAUUAGGACAAGAAUCAUGCUUCCUUGCCCAGUUGAAACAUUCCUACUUGGGAAAAGGUCUAGUUGCAACCAUUUCUGAUAAGCACGUAGAUGAUAUGGUAAGACUCAUACAUAAUCUCCGAGCAUUAAAUAACAAACUUCCAAUUCAAAUUGUCUAUUAUGAAUCCCUUUCCCAAGAAUCCAAACAGAAGAUUAUUCAAGCUGCUCAAUCAACAUUUACAAACUUACCUAAAUCUUUCGACAAAGUUGCCAAAUAUUUCCCAAGUGAUUAUGGCAAACAGGAGGGAGGAUUACAAAAACAAGAAAUCUGGUUUGUGAAUGCCGAUACCGCAUUAGUUGAUAAAUAUAAGAAUAAGUUCAAAGGGUUUGGAAAUAAAUUCCUUGCAUUAUUGUUUAGUACUUUCAAGGAAACCAUCUUACUUGAUGCAGACGCGGUAUUAUUUCAACCCCCUGAAUCCUUCUUCAAACUUAAAGGAUAUAAGAAAACAGGAACUUAUUUCUUCAAAGACAGGGGUGCUGGUCCAGGACGUCCAUUGUCGGAUAGGAAGUUCUUUAAGAAGUUAAGUCCGUCAAUUAUUGAUUCCCUAAUGUUUGAUAUCCCGAUCAUGACAAACAAGACAUUAAAUAGUAGAUUCUUCCAUGGAUUUGAACAUAACAUGGAAGCGGGAUUAGUUGUAAUGGACAAGUAUAAACAUUUUGAUUCGAUGCUUAUGAUGCAUCAAUUUCAAAUAUUAGAACCAACAAGAAAUAGAGUAUAUGGAGAUAAAGAAAUCUUCUGGUUAGCCAUGUCUGCGAAUGGAGUUGAAGAUUAUACCCUUAAUAAAUAUUUCGCCGCCGCAGUAGGAGAAGUCACUGAUACACAAUAUUGGUCGAAACCAGACGGAAGCAAACCGAAAGCAAUACAAGUAUGUUCAUCUCAUCCUGGUCAUAUAAAUGGUGAAGAUGGAAAGACAUUACUUUGGAUUAAUUCAGGAAUGGAAGUUUGUAAAUAUCAUAGUGUAUUAGAUUAUGAUGCUGAGAUGCCAUAUAUUAAGGAUGAAUAUCAUUUCUCUCCUGAGAGUUUAAGAGAGAUAUAUAAAUCACCAUUAGUCAUAGAUUCAGCAGUCAUACCUCCAGAAUACGCCGAGCGUAGGACAAACAUAGAAAAUGAACCUGAAUUUACUUGGGACCCAGAAGGUCCUUAUUAUUGUAGUGGAUGUAUUUGGUGUGCAUAUUCUCAGAUUGGUGGUUUACAAGCUGAUGGAAGUGAUAAUACCUUAAAAGGUAGAUUUAUAAAGUUUGAUAAGAAACAGAGAGAUUUGUUUAAAUAUUAUGGUGAUAUAUGGACGGGAUCUGAUUGA